AUGGCGACCGGUCGCAACGACGAAGAGGAAGCCGAGAAGGCUUACGAGCUCGCAGAGAAUCGCUUCCGCGCCAACGACAUCGCCGGAGCGCUCCACGCGGCCCGGGAGGCGCGGCGGCUGUUCCCGCCACUCCCUGGCGUCGCCAGCGCCGUCGCCGCCUACGAGGUCCACCACGCCGCCGCCUCCCGCGCAGACGCCGGCGACAAGUGGUACGCCAUCCUCGCCGUCGGCGACGAUUCAUCCGCGACGACCUCGAGCGGCACUAAUGGCGCCGCCGCCGUCAUCACGCACGAAGACCUCAAGCACCAGUACCACCGGCUCUGCCUCCUCCUGCACCCGGACAAGAACGCCGCCGCCGCCGCCGAGGGCGCCUUCAAGCUGCUCCGGGAGGCGUGGGACAACCUCUCGCUUCUCCACCCGCCGGGCUCCGCCGCGUCUCCUUCGGUAAGCUGUCCGCCACCGCCGCCGCCGCCGCCGCCAGGGCCGCGUCGCAUCUCCUGCCGGAAAUGCCGCGGCUCGUUCUUCACGGUGGUCGGCGACGGCGUCUCCGGCGUGAACUGCGUCCACUGCAACCGCUGGGUGAGCUUGUUCCCGUGCCCCGCUCGCUGUGCGAGGUGCGGCGUGAGGUUCACGGAGACUGUGUCCACCGGAACGCGUCUCCUCCGGUGCGCCGCCUGCGAGAGGAGCUCCUACGUCUUCGUCAAGAACCCCUACUGCGCCACCUCCUGGAUAACCGGAUCUUCAUAUCGAUUAAAAUAUUGA